AUGUUUUCUGAAUCCUCUGGGCUGGGAAAUCAAACUGGAAUAACAGAGUUUAUCCUCUUGGGACUGUCCAAUAAUCCACAGAUACACGAUUGUCUCCUGUUUGUGUUUAUGAUAAUUUUUUUGGUCACCAUCCUAGGAAAUAUAGCUGUUAUAUUAGUGAUCAGUUCUGAGCAUCACCUUCAGAUGCCCAUGUUCCUCUUACUCAGAUAUUUAGCUUUUGUUGACAUCUGCUAUAUCUCAGUCACUGUCCCCAAGAUGUUGGCAAACUUCAUAACGAAGCAGAAAACCAUAUCCCGGGAAGGAUGUAUUUCACAGAUCUUCUUCCUUUUGCAAAUAGCUUGUACAGAAAGUUUUAUUCUCUCAGCAAUGGGUUAUGACCGAUAUGUGGCUAUAUGUGACCCCCUGCAGUACAGCAGAUACUUGACAAGAGAGAUAUGUAAUAAAAUGGUGGGUACAGCUUGGCUCCUGGGAUUCUUUUUUUCUAUAGUGAAUGUGCUACCAUUGCUAAAUCUCCAUUUUUGCAACAACAAUAUAAUCAGACACUAUACUUGUGAGAUUCCUUCCCUCUUGACCUUGUCUUGUACAGAUACUCUCACUAAUUACAUCAUUCUUCUUAUAUCUGUGUUAGCAGUUAGUCUUAGUUCAUUUCUUAUCACUCUGAUCUCUUACAUUUAUAUUAUUUCUACCAUCUUAAAAAUUAAUUCAGCAGAAAGCAGGCAAAAAGCUUUCUCUACAUGCAGUUCCCAUCUCAUUGUGGUGUGCUUGUGUUACUUUUCAGGUAUCAUUUGUUACAUGAAGCCAAGUCCAAAAUCCCUCAUGGAUCUGGACAACAUAUUGUCUAUUCAGUAUAGCGUUUUAACUCCUAUGUUAAAUCCCAUCAUAUAUAGCCUGAAAAGCAAAGAGAUCUUAUCUGGUGCAGAGAAACUAUUUAGAAAGCAUAGGCCCAGUCUUUAA